AUGUCGCAGUCAAAUUCACCGCAGCUCGGUAUGGGUGGCCGUUUGCUCAAUACCUUCAUCAAUCGACCUGUUGAGGAUCAUGGCUCGGGAUGGUCUGACCUUUGGGACUCGGGAGAAAGCGAUCUGUGGGAUCGCGGGAAAGCUUCUCCGGCCUUAGUAGACAUCAUCGAACAGGAGAUGGACCUGCUCAACCCUUUCACCCCGGAUGGCGAAAGAAAGAAGGCGCUGGUGCCAGGGUGUGGCCGAGGAUAUGAUGUAGUGAUGCUGGCACUGCACGGGUUUGACGCAUAUGGUCUCGAAAUAUCCGAAACGGCUGUCAAAGAAGCAGAGACUUAUGCAGCUGCCGAACUGGAGAAUCCAUCGGCAUACCACUUUGGUGGCAACAAAAAUCGUCCUGACUCGGCUGGUUCUGUGACCUUCUUUCAAGGGGACUUCUUUUCCUCAAAAUGGGAGUUCAAAGGGGGCAUUGAGGAGACAACUCGAUUUGAUGUAGCGUACGAUUAUACCUGUAAUAGAAAAGGCCAAUGUGGCACCGGCGCGGACUUUUGUGGCUCGACUACAUCUAAAGCUAGUGCAACCACCGUUAUCAAAAAGCAGGCUCAUGUUGAGCCUGCGGGCAAGACGAUAACCUCAUAUACCACUGUGAGAUACACCGCAACAAUAAGUUUAAACUCCGCGACCAGCGCUAAUUCAGCCAAGUCUGCGAGUACUACCAUAACGACUAGUUCCAGUUUAAUAAAAUCUGCAAGCCCCAUCCUGACUACCCGUGCAGGCACUACCUCAACCGGCAUCGAAACAGUACCAUCAGGGUGGAUGCUGCUGAUGUAUAUGGAGAAGGGGUGCGAAGGAGAUUAUGUGACCCUCCAAGGCCACAAUAAGGAACUACGCAAUUCUAAGUGUCUUGUGCUCCAUGGCGGUCUCAGUACCAAUAUCACAGACGAAGAUGUUUUCAUGUCGAUACUGGGUUGA